UCAUCCAAAAACGGCCUUUCAAUGUGAGAACUUGGGGAGCCGAAGAAAAUGUCGGAGGCAUCGCAGUAAAUUACUAAAGCAGCGAGGCUUUAGAGGGAAAGAGAGUGAAAUCUGGUAUUUUCGGGAGCUUAAACUCAACGCAGAAAGGAGACGAAGAGAGGCUCGGUGUGUUUAAACGAGGUGUGAGCACCAGAUACUGAAGUUUGGGGGCAGUGUAUGGAAGAUGUCUGGAAAGAGAGACUGGACUCCGUGGAUGAAAAAGAGAAGAGCUCCAGUGUUGUGCGCUCUGGGUGCAGUACUACUCUGCUGCCUGCAGAGCGGCGCCUCCAUCACCAAUGAGGGGCCAGUGUUCACUGAGGAGCCUAUGUCCGUGGUGCAGAAGCUGGGCGGCAGCGUAAGUCUCCGCUGCAGUGUCCUACCCGCGCUCGCCAACAUCAGCUGGCGUCUUAACGGUCAGGAGUUCUCGGACGGAGAUUUUGGCAUAGUGCUGGGACCUAACAGCCUGUUCAUCCCAGCGCUGUCCAACCUGACUCUGGGCAGGUACCAGUGUGUGGCCAGCACCGGAGCAGGAGCCCUGGCCAGUGUCCCGGCUAAUGUUACUGCUGCUAAGCUGCGGGACUUUGAGCCUGACGACCAGCAGGAGAUCGAGGUCGACGAAGGCAACACGGCCGUCAUCGAAUGCCACCUCCCGGAAAGCCAGCCCAAGGCUCAGGUCCGCUACAGCGUCAAACAGGAGUGGCUGGAAACGUCCAAAGGGAACUACCUCAUCAUGCCGUCAGGGAACCUGCAGAUAGCCAACGCCACGCAGGAUGACGAGGGGCCGUACAAGUGUGCCGCCUACAACCCCGUCACUCAGGAGGUCAAAACAUCCUCCUCUGCAGACCGCCUGCGCAUCCGCCGCUCCACCUCCGAAGCCGCUCGCAUCAUUUACCCUCCAGCCUCUCGCUCCAUCAUGGUGACCAAAGGCCAGCGUCUGGUGUUGGAGUGCGUCGCCAGUGGCAUCCCCACGCCGCAGGUCAGAUGGGCGAAAGAUGGGCAGGACCUGCGUUCUCAUAACAACACGCGCUUCCUGCUCAGCAACCUGCUGAUCGACGCCGUGGGAGAGAGAGACUCGGGGACUUACGUGUGCAGAGCAGACAACGGCAUGGGCUCGGCCAGCUCUGCCACAGUGCUCUACGACGUGCAAGUGUUCGAGCCUCCUCAGGUGACGGUGGAGCUGCAGCAGCAGCAGGAGGUCGUGUACGGAGAGACGGUUCGUUUCAUCUGUCAGGUCCGGGGUAAACCCGCCCCCUCAGUGAUGUGGCUCCACAAUGCCCGCCCUCUCAGCCCGUCUCCUCGCCACCGCCUCACUGCCAAAGGGCUGCGUGUCACCAACGUGGGCCCCCAGGAUGAUGGACUGUACCAGUGCAUGGCUGAGAACGGGGUGGGCAGCGCUCAGGCCUCUGCGCGCCUCAUCACAGUGUCGACCGGGAUUCCAUCAAGAGGGAGGCUGCCCUCCAUUUACAGACCACUCAGCCCAGACAAGGUGCUGAGAGAGCAGCCGCCUGUUAGGCCCGGGGUCGCUGGAGCCAUGCUGCCUCUGGACUGCUCUGAGCUGCCAGGACAGAUCCUUCCUGCUGAAGCCCCCAUCAUCCUCAGCCAGCCCCGCACCGGCAAGGCGGACUACUAUGAACUCACAUGGAGGCCGCGGCAUGAACGUGGAGCACCUGUGCUGGAGUACAUGAUCAAAUACAGAAAGGUGGGAGACCCUCUGGCAGAGUGGACCUCCAGCAGCAUCUCAGGAGCUCUACAUAAGCUCACUCUGGCUAAACUGCAGCCGGACAGCCUGUACGAGGUGGAGAUGACGGCUAAGAACUGUGCAGGUUUGGGACAACCUGCCAUGAUGACCUUCAGAACGGGCAAAGGUCGUAAAGGUCAGAUCGACCCGCCCAAAACUCCAGCUGUCCCUUCACCAAGCCUCUCUCCUCCCGAAGCCCCUGACAAACCCACAGUCUCAACGGCAACAGAAACAUCGGCCUACGUGACUUGGAUUCCUCGCGGUAACCGUGGCUUCCCAAUCCAAUCGUUCAGAGUGGAGUACAAGAAGGUGAAGAAGGCUGGAGAGGACUGGGUGACAGCGGUGGAGAACAUUCCCCCAUCUCGACUCUCUGUGGAGAUCACAGGCCUGGAGAAAGGUACGUCCUACAAGUUUCGUGUCGUGGCGGUGAACGUGAUCGGCUCUAGUCCUCCCAGCGCUCCUUCCAAGGCUUACACGGUUGUGGGUGGGAGGACCCACGAGCGCCCUGUCGAUGGACCCUACAUCACCUACAAUGAAGCCAUUAAUGAGACCACCAUUAUUCUCAAAUGGACGUACACCCCCGUCAACAACACUCCCAUCUACGGUUUCUACAUCUACUACCGGCCGACAGACAGCGAUAAUGACAGUGACUACAAGAGGGAUGUGGUGGAGGGAGACAGAUACUGGCACUCAAUCACCGACCUACAGCCUGAGACUGCGUAUGACAUCAAGAUGCAGAGCUUCAACGAGAAGGGAGAGAGUGAAUUUGGGAAUGUAGUGAUCCUGGAAACGAAAGCUCGUCCAAACCAACAGCGACCUACUCCAUCAGAAACCCCCGACCAAGAGUUAGGACCGGGACACGGGCUUGUGACUCGGCCGGGCGAUCUCCCUUAUCUCAUAGUUGGCAUCGUACUCUUGGUAGCCUUCGUCUUCAUCAUCGUUGCUUUCAUCCCGUUCUGCCUUUGGAGGGCUUGGGCCAAACAGAAACAAACAUCAGACCUGUGUUUUCCUGCCGUGGCCGCUCCUGUGUCGUCGUGUCAGUACACCAUGGUCCCUCUUCAGGGGCUGGCUCUGGUUGGCCACUGUCCGCUGGACGGUCACAUGACCGCUCCACACGGGGUUUAUCCUGCUAAUGGAGAAUACACUCCCAACGGCAAGCCCCAGCACCCCACACACUUCCUGCCCGGGCUGCAGCAGGAGGAGGCAGACUGUGAUAUGGAGUGUGACACGUUGUUACCACAGACAGUGUCAAAUGGACAUGUACCUGUUUAUCACUACUCCACCAGAGGGUUGGGCUGUCAUGAACAGAGCUGCUGUCCUCAGGAUGACUCCACUCUACAGCUCCUCGACUCCUCUCAUCAGCUCCCCGACUCCUCUCACCAGCUCCUCAGUUCACCGGAAACGGAAGAUGAUGGCAGCUUCUGUGAUGAAGAGAAAGUAGAGGAUAUCAUCAUUCAAAAAACAUCCUCAUUCCCUCUUCUUUCUCUAGAGGAUGAAGGGAUUUUCACCACAUCAUCCUCAGCAGCCUCGACACCACAGUCCCAAGACAUAACAAUACAGGAAGUGAACAUCCUCCCAAAUGAAGCGUCCCCUGAGAACACAGGGACGGCCAACACAACAGAUGCAUGAGAGACUGUCACACAAACAGAAGAAAACAAGAGAAAAUAUUUAUUUUUGUAUCACAGAUAUUUAUAUAUUUAUGCUUUUGUACAUAAGUGUGUGAUUGAACUGUAUAUAAGGUAUUUUUAUAGUGAAAGAGACUCUUUAUUCACACGCUGUCACUGAGAAAGGGAGCACCGUGUAGUGAUUGUGUUCCUGGGAGGAUAUUAAGGAGUUUGAGACGUUAUUCCUCGUGUGAAGAACAGCCGAGUACUCACAUCUGCAGGGGAUUCCUCUUUCUGUUAGCACUUCAUGUUCAGACUCUCCUCACAUCAUUCCUCACAGAAGGUACUUAGCUUUAUGUUCGAGAGAAACAAAGGGACCAUUCAGACAGUCUGAUGCUGUAAUUACCAGGUGCUUCCGUUUAGAUCUGUCACAUUUUCAAAAUAAAAGCCUGCCUGUUGUUUUGUAUAGCAAUAACAUGUAUUAUGCAUCGUUCAUCAUUAACAAACUAUUAACAUGUGUAUGAAACAUAACUCAUUGUGUCCAGUGGUGUACAGGAGAUGAUAUAUUGUAUAGUUAUUUAUUUUUUUAAAUCACUGAAUGGGAGAGAUUCUGGAAAUUAUCUGAAACUCAGUCAUAGAUAAGCUCAACUUUAAACUGCAACCACUUCUAUGUUUACUCAUGUGCUGGUUACCAAAUGACUGCCAGGUGAGGGCGCUGUGACAGGUGUGUCAGUAUUAUUGUUCCCUCACAGGUUGGUGCAUAAGUAUUAGUCUUUGGCAGAGACAUCUGUAAUGGAAAUGAAGGAGAUCCUGAAUCUACACUCUCACUUAGAGGUGCCGCCGUCCUGUGGCUGCACAUGCUGGAGCACUAUAGCAUGUAAAUAAAAGCUUAUGAGCCUGA